GGGCUGGGAAUAAAGCGGUAGAGGGUCCGCGCGCCCGCUCGAUUCCGGUUUCGGUCAAAAUCCAACUUGAUCCCUCCGCCGUCACCGCCGCGCGACCAAAUCCCCGGUGUCGGUCUCUCGCGUCGCCUGGCUAAGAAGAACAAGUCGGAAACGGGAGCCUCCGACGAGCGGCGGCGUCUUCACCUCCUGUGGAAAUAAAUCCUUACGCGUCGCCUCUCCGACUCCCAGUCCGGUUUUGAAUCUGCCUCGUAUGAGCAGGGGGGAAGAAGGUUUGUGAGUGGAGUGAAUCAAGGCUUGUUGGCUAGUGUUCACCUGUAUCAUGGAUCAUCUUGAUAUAAUAGCUCAGGAAUUAAGCAGGGAUGCUUCAAAUUUCGAGGUGGAUGGUGUCAAGCAUAACAAUCUCGACGAUAAUGAUGUCAGCGAUGAAGAAAUCGAAUCAGAGGAGUUGGAGAGAAGAAUGUGGAAAGAUAGAAUUAAGCUUAAAAGAAUCAAGGAACGGGAAAAGUUUGCCGCCGAAAGUGCAGCUUCGGAGAGGUCUAAGCCAAAGCAUACAUCUGACCAAGCUCGUAGGAAAAAGAUGUCCAGAGCACAAGAUGGGAUCCUUAAGUAUAUGUUGAAGCUAAUGGAGGUGUGUAAUGUUCGUGGGUUUGUUUAUGGAAUCAUUCCUGAAAAGGGAAAGCCAGUAAGUGGUGCUUCAGACAAUAUAAGAGCCUGGUGGAAGGAGAAAGUGAGGUUUGACAAGAAUGGACCUGCUGCCAUAGCCAAAUACGAGGUAGAGAAUUUUGCUGCCCAGAAUGCACAGAACAGCAGGAGCAAACAUCAUCAUAGUCUUAUGGAUCUCCAAGAUGCUACGCUGGGAUCUCUUCUAUCAUCAUUGAUGCAACACUGUGAUCCACCACAGCGUAAAUACCCAUUGGAGAAGGGCAUCUCACCACCUUGGUGGCCCUCUGGUAAUGAAGAAUGGUGGAUAUCUUUGGGCUUGCCAAAGGGUCAAGGACCCCCAUAUAAGAAGCCGCAUGAUCUAAAGAAGGUGUGGAAGGUUGGGGUACUAACAGCUGUAAUCAAGCAUAUGUCUCCUGAUAUUGAAAAGAUCAAAACCCAUGUACGGAAGUCAAAAUGCUUGCAGGAUAAGAUGAGCGCCAAAGAGAGCUCCAUCUGGUUGGGAGUUCUGUCUAGAGAAGAAAUGACUGUCAAUCAACUCUGCUGUGAUAAUGGGAUGUCUCAUGUAAUUGAGAAUAGUGGUCACAGGCGGGAUAGGGAGGAGCCAAACAGCAGUAGCAAUGAAUAUGAUGUUGAUGUCCUUGAAGAUGUUUCGGGAUCUAUUUCAUCCAAAGAUGAUGGGAUAAAUCUGCAGGUUGAAACACAAGCUUGUGCAGGGAAUAUAACACCUACUUCGAGGGAAGAUCGCUUAGCUGAAAAUUCCAAUCAACUUGGUUUAAGCAAGGAUAAAACGAGCCAACAGCCAAAGAGAAAAAGACCUCGUGGAAGUGCUGUAUCUGUUGACAAGCAAAUGGUUGCCACUCAGAGUGAGCGCAUGCCAGAGGAAACAAGAAAUGCUACUACAGAUAUGAAUGGUGCCGCUCUGACAACAUUGGCUCAUCAUAGGCCAAGUGUCAACCGCGAGCCUUGUAUGAACCCCAACUCAACACAUCAAGAGAGAGAUUCUGGAAGCCAAUAUCUGGUACCACAACCUGGGAUUAGCAACUUGGCAAGCUUCCCUUGUGUUAAUGUUGCUUCAGAAAACAUAUAUAUCGGUGGCCAACCAUUACCAUAUCCAGGACUUGGGAAUAGUGAACCGCAGAAUGCUACCACAUAUGAUACGGGAGCCAACGAUGGAUUAUAUAGCUCAUCAGGAGGCUUUGGCAUCUUGCAAGAUAAGCAGCAGCGCCCCAUGUCGAUUACUAAUCAUGGAAUAAGGUCUGACAGAAGCAUUAUUUCCGUAGAGAACAAUCUUUAUGAAAAUGUGAUGGCACCUAAUGCAAGUUCGCAUACAGUCACCGGCGAGAUGCAUCUAUUCCUAGAUGAACCAUUCUACGGUGAACCAGAUAAGCUAGUUGACAAUUCCUUUGGUGCACUGCCACUAGAUUUUAUCAGGAUCGGCAGCACAGAUCUGAUCCCUGACCUUGGUGACAUAUUGCAAGAUGAUGACCUGAUGGAGUAUUUGGGGACAUAAGUAGAAUUGUUGUCAUUGUUUUCUGCUAAAUUUGCCGGUUUAUGUUUUAUCCGAUCAACUAUCUCCAAGGAUAAGGUUGCAAAUUCUCUUCAGACUGGUUGGUCUCGUCACCACCCUGUUCAUUCAGAGAGAAUGGUAUCGCCUUCUAGUUGAUCCUUGAAAUGGUAACAUGCUGAAUAUAUCAUUUGAGUUUUUGGUUGGCACAAUGGUCGAUCCCCUCAACAUGCUGCUGUUCAUCCUCAA